GGAAACCACGGCUGAGGGAGGCAAACACCGGGAAUGCUUUAAAAGCUUGCUGGAGCUUGAAGAUUGGGUUUUGAGCUGCUCAGUGAGGAAACAGACUUCUAGAUCUCAACCUAAAAGGCUGACGUUAGUUGAUGUCUCAGGCAAGGAUGUAGGGCAAUUUGUUUAUUCACUUUUAAAACUCAGUUAGAUGAUGAAUCAAAAUAGCAGUAAAGGAUUUUUUCUUUCUUAAAAUUAAACUGGAAAACUGCAAGGAAGUCCUUUUAAGAAAGCAGUUCCCUUCCACAAUCCAUGUCAGGCUUUGUCACACUCACUAUCCCACACCAGCAGCAGUCAUUUCAAAAGGCACCAUGCUUGAUGUAGUGGUGGGAACUCACCCACACAGAGGAGUUGUUGGGACCUUUUCUGAACCAAACCGCUGGAACUAUUGCUCCUUUCAUUCCACACCUGGAGCCAUGGGUGUCUGGUGCGUGACAAACCGCUUUUGCUCCUGCUGCUGGUGAAAGGGAGCCAGUUUCCCAAGGACCACAGAAGUCCAAAAACUGCACCUUUCUUGUCCGCCACUUGUCCAUCCAUCCUCCUCCUCUCCUCACCAUGAGCUCCUGGGUGGUGAACAGGAAAGGACAGCCACAAUACCGCCGGCACUUCCUGACCGACAACAGUGUCUUUCAUGUGGAGCGAUGCAUGACGGUGAUGCAGUCCGGGACACAGAUGGUCAAGCUGAAGGCAGGAUCCAAAGGGCUGGUGAGACUCUUCUACCUGGAUGAGCAUCGUUCCUGCAUCCGCUGGAAGCCUUCACGCAAGAGUGAAAAGGCUAAGAUCACCAUAGAUUCUCUGUACAAAGUGACAGAGGGGGGCCAAUCAGAUAUCUUCCAUCGGCAUGCAGAUGGCAGCUUCGACCCGUCCUGCUGCUUCACAGUGUACCAUGGAAACCACAUGGAGUCCCUCGACCUGGUGACAUCAAAUGCUGAAGAAGCCAGGACCUGGAUAACCGGCCUCCGCUACCUGAUGGCAGGGAUCAGCGACGAGGACUCGCUGGCCAAACGGCAGCGCACACACGACCAGUGGAUGAAGCAAACCUUCGAGGAGGCUGACAAAAAUGGAGACGGCCUGCUGAACAUCGAUGAAAUCUACCAGCUUCUACACAAACUGAAUGUCAAUCUGCCGCGCAGGAAGAUCAAGCAAAUGUUUCAGGAGGCAGACACAGACGAUCAGCAGGGCACGCUCACGUAUGACGAGUUUGCAGUUUUUUACAAGAUGAUGUCCAUGAGGCGGGACCUGUUCCUGCUGCUGAUGGCGUACAGCGACAGGAAGGACCACCUGACAGCAGAGGAGCUGACUCACUUUCUGCGCAACGAACAGAAGAUGUCCAACGUGACUUCAGAAUAUGCAGCAGAAAUCAUUGACAAGUUUGAGGUGUCUGAUGAAAAUAAACAGAGAGGUGUUAUGGGGAUUGAAGGUUUCACCAGUUUCAUGCGCAGCCCAACCUGUGACAUUUUCAACCCUUUGCACCAUGAGGUCAAUCAAGACAUGGACCAGCCUUUGUGUAACUACUUCAUUGCCUCCUCUCAUAACACCUACCUGACUGGAGACCAGCUUCUCUCCCACUCCAAAACGGACAUGUACGCCUGGGUGCUGCAGUCUGGCUGCCGCUGCGUGGAAGUUGACUGUUGGGACGGUCCUGAUGGAGAGCCAAUGGUCCAACAUGGAUACACUCUGACCUCCAAGAUAACGUUCAAGUCCGUCGUGGAGACCAUCAACAAAUAUGCCUUCGUAAAUAACCAGUAUCCAGUCAUCCUCUCCAUUGAGAACCACUGCAGCAUCCAGCAGCAGAAAAAGAUUGCAGAGUACCUGCGGGACAUCUUUGGAGACAAACUCGACGUGGGGAACUUUCUGAACAGGGACUCCAAAGCAUUACCCAGUCCUCACAGUCUGCAAGGAAAGAUCCUCAUUAAGGGCAAACGCCUGCCUGCGUAUCUGUCUGCGGAUGCUGAGGAGGGAGAGGUGUCUGAUGAUGACAGUGCUGAUGAGAUAGAGGAAGACUUCAAACUCAAGAGCAGUAAUGGCAAUGGACAUCAUCAAGUGGAGUCUCACAUCAGAAAGAAGCUGGACUCACUGUUGAAGGAGUCUCAGAUCGGAGACAAGGAGGAUACUGACAGCUUCAGCAUCAGGGCUCUGCUACGAGCGACGCAUCAGGGCCUUCAGAAGAACCUGCGGCAGAGCUCCAAAGGGGUUCUGAAGAAAUCCCAAAGCAGAUCCUUCAUCACGACGCUCAAACAAAAGAGACAUUCCAAAUCCAGGCUAUCGUGCCAAAGCACAGAAAAUGAAGAUGACGUUCAGGAGAAGUCGCCAAAAGAGGCUGCAGGACAGUUUAACAGAGGUGGAAGGAAGAGGAAGACGAUGAAGCUGAGCAGAGAUCUGUCAAAUGUGGUGGUGUUCACCAACUCUGUUGCUUCGCAGGAAUGUCUGAACGAAGGCACUCCAGGUGACGUUUUGUCAUUCAGCGAGACCAGGGCCCAAUCCCUGGUCAAUCACAGGACCGAGCAGUUCCUGGCUUUUAACCAGAAGCAGCUGUCACGGAUUUAUCCGUCUGCCUAUCGCAUCGAUUCUUCUAAUUUCAACCCUCAGUUCUACUGGAAUGUGGGUUGUCAGUUGGUGGCUCUCAACUAUCAGACGGAGGGGAGGAUGAUGCAGCUCAACAGAGCCAAGUUCAUGGUAAACGGAGGAAUUGGCUACGUUCUCAAGCCUCCUCCGAUGUGUAAAGGCACCUUCAACCCAUUCAGUGAUGACCCACUUCCAGCUUAUCCCAAGAAGCAGCUCAUUCUCAAGAUCAUUAGUGGACAGCAGCUGCCCAAACCCCCAGACUCCAUGCUGGGGGACCGCGGAGAGAUUAUCGAUCCGUUUGUCGAAGUGGAGAUCAUCGGUUUGCCAGUUGACUGCUGCAAGGAGCAGACGAGGGUUGUAGACGACAAUGGUUUCAACCCAGUAUGGGAGGAGGCUUUGUCUUUUACCCUUCACAUGGCUGAGGUGGCACUUGUGCGCUUCCUCGUCUGGGACCACGACCCGAUUGGACGGGAUUUUAUUGGCCAGCGGACUGUAGCCUUCAGCAGCCUGAUGCCUGGUUACAGACACGUUUACUUGGAAGGGCUAACCGAGGCUUCCAUCUUUGUGCAUGUGUCAGUACACGAUGUCUACGGGAAGUGGAGCCCAUUAGUCCUGAACCCCAGCUUUACCAUUAUGCACUUUUUAGGAACCAAUAAGAGUAAUCAGUUGCGAGGGAUCCGUGGUUUCUUCAACCGUUCCUCAAAGUCCUCUGUGGACUCAAACUCCAGUGGACUGCGGAAACGCUCCAUCAGCGAUCACCUCCUGCGGCGCACGGCGAGUGCUCCGGCAAAAGGACGGAAGAAGACAAAGAUGGCGCUAUCGGAGUCGGUCGCCUCAAUAUCUGAGCAUAAGAAAAGCAGCGGCGCAGGGCAGGGAGGAGAGGGUGUAUCAGAAAAAGAAGGAGGCACACGAAAGCCUCUCCAGCCUCGACCCCCUCUUAUCCACAGACCGAUCUCGAUGCCGCUAGACAAGCUUCUUCAAGGACAGCUGUCCCUCUGCUCCCCAGACAGCACACAGAACGAUAUAGUUGCUGACACAAUCACUGGAUCCAGUCCGUUCAACAGGCCCAGGUCGUCUUCUGUGGACCUCUUCAGUGACUCCUCUUUCCAAGUCGGAAUAUGCAUCUCUGGUCCCUCUGAGACACGUGAAUAUAAGGAGUCAAGCCACUCACAAGAGGGUUCCUAUUUGGUUAUUGGUGACAAAGAAGCACAAAAGGAAGAAGAGUAUGUCAAUUAUCAGUCAAAACACAACCGAUCAAACAUGUCAACAAGAGAAGAGGACAAUUUUUCAGCCCCCAAAUCAAGAACUAGUUAUACGAAAUCAGAGAAACCAGAAACGUCAUCCAACAGCACUGCAUUCACAGUUGCAGCUUCUGUUUCCUCCUCUUCUUCUUCUACCACCUCAUCAGUUCCGACUGUUUCCUCAGUCGGUAACAAUGUCUGCCCAAAGAGCUUCCCCUCUCUAAACGAUACCGCCAUCUCGAGACUCAUUGAUGCCGUUUCCUUAGGCGAUGAACAAGACACGUGCGGCUCCAUUUCUGCUCUUCUUGAUCAGUUUGAGUACAGUUUGGAUCAAAAUGGCCUUACCUCUUCCCGGACUUCAGACUUCAGACCAAACUUAAGGUCUCCUCUCAAGAGCAAAACAUCAUCUCAUGAUAAGAAAUUUCUCAUCAGUCCCCAUGAGAUAGCUCAAAAGAAAAACGACAUGAAUGCUGCAAUGUGUUCACCGAGCUGCGGUUCCCAGUCAGAUCUACAAGAUCUUGCCCUCACCUCAAGCCCAGAAACAGCUGAGCUUGAGGAGGUCUACACCAUUCUGGAUGAAGAAGUUCUGUUGCCUCCAUCAGUGCAUAACCAGACGGAUCACAUUCAAGCAGGAACAGUGAGUUCUCCUUUGAGCAGUUUCAAAUCCCCUCCAGGGAAAUCGGUUCAGACUUUAGGUAAGGAGCACAGUAUGGACUGGAAGGAUGUAAAUAGAAAUAGGGGUGAAAGUGUAGAGAUGGAGGAGAGGGUGUAUGAGGAGGUAUUUGACCCGCCGGCUCCAUUACCUAAAAGGAACCACUUAAGCUCCUCUUCAAAGAGUAAUUGCUUUCAGAUUCUCCACACUUCAGCUGAAGAGGCAUUUACAGAAGUGGAGUUAAAUGUGGAUGAGGAUCCUUUAGAGUUUUUUCUUACUUCGCCAAACAACCAGUACAAGGGGCUUACAAGUUCAGCCAAGCGCCAUGCAAUUUACCAAAACCAUGAGCCCAUUCUGAGCUAUUUCCAACAAAAACAGCCUUCAUCAUUUGCUCAAUCUCAGUAUUCAACACAUUUGUCUUAUCCAACAUCUGCACAAUGUAACUCCCCAGUAAACAACCUUUUCAAUCACAUGUCCAACCAUGAACAGCAGGUUACUUUCCAAUCUCCGCUUUGCAAUACAUUUUUAUUGUCUGAGCCCUCUAAACUUAGCGCACUCCGUCAGAACAGUUACCCCUCAUCUUGGAGCAACACUGAGGCUUUUAACAAAAGUGUUUCCUGUACAAAAGAGAAAAGCAACAGUUGCAGCCAGAUUCAAUACAAAUCUCAUCAAAACGGAUCAGGCUAUAACCCAACAAAUAGAAAACAACUGGGCUGCUUUUAUAAUGGUUUUCCUCCUGCUGAGAGCCACCCAGACCAGUCAGUCCAAUCUGGUAACAGAUGUAGAGACAGAGACAUGUAUUCACCUUCUUCUGAAAGUGAAGCCAUGUACCUCAUGGACUAUGACUGCAAUAUGCCAGUAUCAAAGAGUUCAACACCUAGAAACAUCCAAACAUACAACCAAAGUCAAACUAAGCCACCUAUAUCUGAUCAGUUGUAUAGGGCUCCCCUCAACAACACUUGGUGCAAGCAACAGCCUGAAACCCAAACAUUGAUUCACCCCAAUGUAGGACCUUUGAGAAGUUCUUCCCACUCCACUACUAAAGAGUUUACAACUCCCACCCCAUGCAAGUCAAAGUCUUUAGGAGACUUGACCUCUGAAGACAUUUCAUGCAAUUUUCAAAGCAAAUAUCACAUAAUUAGUCGCAGUUUCAUAAAACCACAAUUAAGAAAGCAAAAACAUGUAGGCACUACAGAGGAUUCUGCAUUUCACUCGCAGCCCAGUGAUCCACUCACAGAACAGCUGCGUAGGCUGGUCAGUCUGGAGGGGGAUAAUAGUGACGCAGAAAGACCUACGUCCCCUCAGCUGCGUCAGGAAGCUCAAUCUCAAUUUCUUCCCAGAAACGACUCCCCUCCAGUCCUUACCCGUCGUCUUUCCUCACGAAGCCAGAGUCGGGUGCGUCACAUAAACAGUCGAGCUCGUGAGAGGCAACAGGAAGCUAUGAAAUCCCAGCCGGAGGUGGUGAACGGUGGAACGGCCAGCAUUGGUGGGGUGGUGCUUAGGAAUAAACCAACUUCACAGAAUUUGUCAACUAACAGACACUCUACCGGUUCUUACAUAGCUGGCUACCUUGAUGAGCUAGAUGACAGGGGACUUCCUGAAGGGACUUGCACGUUUCUACGCUACAGCAGUGGAGACCACUAUGGAGAUCUGUAUCGUACGGACGACUCUCUCCCAUCCUUACACUCUUCCCAUUCAGUGUCUGAGCCUGAGGUCUACUUUCUGCUGAGACUGUAGUUUUGAGCUAACUUCGUACAAAGACAUGGUUCAGACGGUAAUAUUUUAAGAUUUUUUUUGUAACUACUGUUGGAUACCAAAAGCCAGACGACCAUUUAAACCUGCAAUUGUUCAUCAGCAUGUUCAUCAACUAAGAGAAUUUCUUCUCCUGCAUUUAAAGUUGUUGGUCCGGCUGUUUCUGGUACUUACAAUAAACUGUGAGUGAAACAUUGCAUAUAACCCAUUGUUGAACCUUACGGCAUGAAUUCCUGUAUGAGAUGUCCACUAUGAUCUAGUUGGCUUUGUGUUGUCUCUAUUCAAUGUGUUAAUGUACUUGGGAAUGUGCAGUCCCUCUAAACAGCUUCUCGGACUGAUUGUACAGAUACGUGUUAUCCUCGUCACUGUGUUGUACCGUCCAAUCUACAAUCACAAACGUUGAAGCAAAAACUGAACAAGCAGAGCGAGAAUGUCCUUGUAAAAUUUGAAUGUGUUGUAAGAACGAGCAAUUACUAGAUGGAAAUUUUUUUGAAACAUCAACUGUAAGUCUUCCUCCUCUUUUUGGUAGUAUUUUCAUACUUGUGUUGUUUGUGAAUUUCCUUGACAUGCUUCUUUGUCAAGCUUUACGUUACAAACCAAUUUGAACUGUACAUCUCUGUUUGUGCAUGUUACGUGUGAACAUGUCAAGCAUGACUAUGCACCUGUUUAUACUAUAGAUGUUGCAUUACCUAAAUACAUUUGCACAGAACCAAUGGAAAAAAAGGACAUCGGCUUGUUGGCACUGGGUGCAAUACAGUGCAUAAAUGUCUGUGCUUGGACUUGUUACUUUUUAUUACCUGUAGAUUUUUCAAAACUGAUGGCAAAAGUAAUAUGAAAAAAAUAGAAGAAAAAGAACUGGGGUUUAAAUGUUUUUAUUUUUAUAAUUACUUUGAUACAGAUUUCAACGAUGCUCUCUUGUUUGUUUUGGUUAUUUUGUUUUAUACAACUUAAUCAACAGAAUGAACAAAUUGUCAGAUACACAGGGCCAGGCUCCAGGGUGCAGGGCAGCAGAGCUGCAGGUUUACUGUUACUUUUUAGAGAUUGUUUCAGUGUUAAUCCAUUUUGUUUUGUUUGUAAUGUUGCUCAUUGCAGACCUGUGAGCAUUUUCCUAUCAAUGCAAUAAAACAUUGAAAUUUAUGAUUUAACAAACUGUGUCAUCAUUUC